CCAGCCCAUCCAGCUGUCUGCCAGAUAUUAAAAAGCUAUGGCUGGUGUGGGUGUGAGGGUGCUUUUGGUAUUUAAUUUAUUGUACAUUACAGCUGUAUUUGCGGGUCGGGACUUCUAUGCAAUUUUGGGUGUACCAAGAAAUUCCAAUACAAAUCAAAUUAAAAAGGCGUAUCGCACGUUGGCAAAAGAGCUACAUCCCGACAAAAAUCAAGAUGACCCUGAUGCAUCAAGAAAAUUCCAGGACUUGGGUGCAGCAUAUGAAGUCUUGUCAGACCCAGAAAAGCGCGAGACAUACGAUCGGUGUGGCGAAGACUGCCUCAAGAAAGAUGGUAUGAUGAAUGGUGCUGAUCCCUUUGCAAGCUUCUUUGGUGAUUUUGGUUUCAAUUUUGGUGGAGGCUCAAAUAACCAACAGGAAAUACCAAGAGGUGCAGAUAUUGCAAUGGAUUUGUUUGUGUCAUUGGAGGAACUGUACAGUGGUAACUUUGUAGAAAUUACUCAUAAUAAACCAGUCAUUAAAUCAGCAAAGGGCACCAGAAAAUGUAAUUGCCGUCAGGAGAUGGUUACAAGGCACUUAGGCCCAGGUCGGUUUCAGAUGAUGCAACAGUCAGUGUGUGAUGAAUGUCCCAAUGUGAAAUUGGUAAAUGAAGAACGAACUCUAGAAAUUGAAAUUGAGGCUGGCAUGGUGGAUGGUCAGGAAUCUAAGUUCAUUGCUGAAGGAGAACCUCAUUUGGAUGGAGAACCAGGCGAUCUAGUGCUGAAAAUCAGAACUAUGCCACAUGCAGUAUUUGAACGUCGUGGUGAUGACCUGUAUACAAAUGUAACAUUGUCACUCCAGGAUGCCCUUGUUGGCUUUACAAUGGAGAUAGAGCACUUAGAUGGACACAAAGUACAAGUAUCUCGUGACAAAGUAACAUGGCCAGGAGCCAGAAUACGAAAAAAAGGAGAAGGCAUGCCAAAUUACCACAACAAUAACCUUCAUGGUACACUUUACAUCACUUUUGAUGUAGAAUUCCCAAAGUCAGAACUUUCUGAAGAGGAUAAGAAAGCUAUAAAAAAUAUCUUGAAUCAAAAUUCAAGCAACAAAGUGUACAAUGGUCUUCGUGGAUUUUGACAAUCAUACUAGUUUAAACAAUAUGAAUCAAACUUGUCACAAGUGAGGAUAAGCUGUGUAAUAAGCAUCGACUAAAAUAAAGUUGGAGACAACCAAGAUAAAGUGUUGACUGGUGAAGCCUUUGAAAAUAUUGUGCAAGUAUCCUGGGUGGUAUAUGCAACAAGCUCCCAGUUUCAAACUCUGCUAUCUGUUCCAUGUGCACUACAAUUCCUGGAGAGAUCGUAAUGCUGAUGUUUGCACUGGAAGACAGAAAUAUUAUUUAUUGUCUGAUUUUGGGUUUCAAGUCCAAACAAAGCCUCAUGUGUGUUGAUGUGACUACAUGAAUUUCCAUGUUCUAGUAUUACAUCAUUUCAUCUUGUGUUAAUAUUUUCACCACACCUUCAUGACUACUGACAAAUUUAAAACAGAGUGGACUAAUUAAUGAAUUGUACUAGGAAUGAAGUAAUGAAAAGGCCAUAGGACUGUGACUAGCUAACAAUGCUCCACACAACUUACUUGACACUUUAUGUUAAUGCAAGUUGCUAAUUAUAUCAACACCACUGCAAGGUGAUCCUCAGGUGUAUUCCAUCUCAAAACAAAUCCUUCCAAGUUGUUCUGGGUCAUCUGACAAUCCCCUGUAUCCUAUAGGUUUAUAGUGCAUUGCUCUUUGGGCUGUCCUUUUAUGUUACAUUUGUAGAAGGUGUCCAUGGCACUCACGGGCUUUUGCAUUCUUGUUUCUGAAUUAUAAAUCCUCAGUUGGGUGUAUACUGUAUUACUGUAAUCAUGCUCAUAGAGGCUGUGUACCGAUACUUAUAGAAAUUUUGAUUCUUCUCUUUCAAUAUAUCUUCUAUCAGUUAUAUUUAAUGGCCAGUUUUCAGAUCCAUGUAUUAACACAGGGACUGCCAUUGAAUUAUAAAAUUUGCCAAUUAUAUGUCAUAGUGUUGGUGAGAAACCAUUAAAUUAUAGGCCACAAACUAUCAUUCACACUCACUCACUGAGAACCGAGCCCUUCUUGAGGAGCCGCCAAUUGUGUAGCUACUCAAGAACUUCCCAGCAUUUCAUGGAACCAAAAGGUUAAUUACCAUGCUCACCAGAGUCCUCCACUAGUAUCUUAUCCCUAGGCAGAUUCCAUACCAUCCCACAAACUAUCAACAAAUAUUAUAUAUUAUUUGUGGAGUUAACAAAUGGCAUAAAAUAAGUGCUUUGGAAUAUUGCUGCUACUUUUUACUGUCUGUGACAUAAUUUGAUUUCAGUUUUAUGAAAUUUAUCAUUUCAACCAUUUCUUCUUACUAUAAUAGAAACCCUUUCCUGUUCCACUGAGAGAAAAUAGAUUCCAUCCUUUACCACAAUGGUACAAAUUUGUUACAGAUAUAUGUACAGCAUUUGAAAACAAGAUGUGUUUAAAGUGAAAUAAAAUGAGUGUAAUGCUAAAUUUUAAACAUUACUUUCUUGUUAUCAUUCCUAAGUUUAACUGUGAUAAUUAUAUAAAUGUGGAAAGUGUUGAAUUCAAGGCAUAUGUAAAAUGUGUUUUUGAGAAUGUAAUAUUGUAGUGUAUUCUUUGAAAACUGAGAUUCUUGCUAGAUUCUGUAAUGAGUAAAAGGCAGGUUAUUUAAUGAAAAAACUGAAAGAAUGUGAUGUUAGUGUAUUUAAUUAUAUAACAGAGGCAGGAACUCAAACAUCACAGAAUACUUUAAAAUAUAAAAUACACUUUAUUGUACACAAUAUAGUAAAAUUCAUAAACUUAAGACAAGGAAGCAUCUUUCAAUGUUCUUGAUACCUGUCACCAGGUUUUACACUUCAGUUGUGUUAUCAUAAUUCAAGAAUACUUAGUAAGGGCAUCAUAUUGAACACUGCAUACAUUUCUUUAAGAAAUGGUGAUUCUGACUGUACAGGAAUGUCAGAUGAAAGAGGGACAUAUGUCUCUGAACACUGGUACAGAGCAUCUGCAUUGUUGCAUUUACAAAAUGUCUGUCCAAACAGUGCAUCAGCACAUGGAUGACAUAUUAAUUUUCUUGAAAAGUUCGUAUAAAUAAAUGUAUAAUAUGGAUUAAAUUUACCCACAGUAGGGCCAAAGGUGAGAUUUUCUUUCAGAGAAUAUGAAACCUAAUUGUAGUAAUUCCAUGGUGCAAAGUCCUUUUUGAGAAGUUAAUAUCACUCAUCUAGUGAAGAAAUUUCCCACACUUCAUGAUAGAAUCUGGAAGAUUAUUGCUAUAUUUACAAGAACAAAUACUGGAAGAAUCAUACAGAUAAUAUAAAAAUAACAUAUUCAGUAAGUGUCACAUUGCUACACUGGUGUUGUAGGCGAGAUUAUAAAAAACAUGCAAAAUAAGGGGAUGAGAUUUUAAAAUAAAUUCACAUGUUGAAAAACUGCACUCAAGACACAAAGGUCACCAGUGUUCUCAGUAGGGAGAAAAAGACAUGUUCCUCUGAGCUUAGACUGGUAUUUUUCAUAAUUACUUCAGUUUUAUUAGUGUGACACUUCGUUAUAAUCUCACACAGAUCAUUAGUUUUACUGUAUGGAGAUAUGACUUAAAACCAAAAUAUAACUUAAUUUGUGUAAUGUGUAAUAUUGAUUUGUGAAGAUUUCAUUUUUACAUAACGUUUUAUCUUAAAUUCUGUUCAUAUCUAUUAGCCUUGAUGCAAUUCUUCAUUUAUCAGUUAACUUUUAUACGUAUUUCUCUCUGGUAUUAUCUUCUAAUUGGUAUUAGAGUACAUUAUGAGUUUGCCUUACUGUUUAUCCUAAAGGGAUUACAUUCAUAUUUCUACAAAAUCAGUAAUCACAGUUUAUUACAAUGCUUGUGUGCUACUUGAGUUAACCUUCUCUCACAUGGUUGACCAUCAACUGAGCUAUGUUUACUGAUUCCAUUAUUUUCAUUAUGUAUACCUUUACUGAUUACUUCUCUUCCAGUUUCAAAUAGCAUUAUAUUUGAUAAACAUUGAUUUUUAUUGAAAUAUCAAAUACAGUGGUGUAAAUGUCAACUUUAAUUUUUAAUAUUUAUCAUUCUUCAGAAAUCAUGGCAUGUUAAUUAUGGUAGAAUGUUCUUUGGAUAUUAUCUUUUGUCUAAGGGUAGAAUCUGGUAGAAGUGGUUGACCUUGGAUCUUUCUAUUGUUCACUGCAAAGUAUCAACUGCAACAACAAGAGUCAUCCAAAAAUUGUAGCAUUUGCAAUUUUCACAGGAAUUCAGGCAGGCUUAACUAUCUUACUUUCUAUUCAAUGGAGGACAAAGAACCUACUUAGUCUUGCUUUACAGUUUCCUAAGGACCUUGAUCUCCUUUACUACAAAGGCCCAUUCUCUCUUAUUUGCAUUUUGUCCUUAUAUCUUCACUUUCUUUCUCCAGCAACCUCGAUGAGGACCUUCCCAUUUUUUUCUACCAUCUGGCUUCCUUAUAACCACCCUUGUUUCAUGUAUAUAUUAUUUGUUCAGGCCAUGGGCAACAUCCAGUGAUAAGGAAACCUUUAUUUAAUAGAACCCACACAUACCCUUUCCUCUUACCUGAGGGUUGAGACAGCCAGCCCAAGACUGUCAUGUACUGGCAUAUAGAGGAUGGCCCAAAAGUCAGUUAACUAGAUAGUAAAAUGUACACUAAAAUAUGUCAGAAAUUUCUUUAUUAUUUACUGAAUUUACAAAAAGUGUUCAAAAUAAGAUUCUCCACGUUCAAUGCGCAACUCACAACUCUGUGAUACCAUUCUACAAAUUUACUGGCAGGUUUAAAUCUGAACAUACCUGUUAACUACAAGAGAAUGUUUUAAGUUAACUGACUUUUGGAACACUAUAUUUUAUCCACACAAAGGAUAACAGUCACCAUAACGAUACAGGUUUUAAACCAUAGGAACAAACCUUUGAAUCACAGUCCAGUUUGUCCUAAUGCAGAUUAAUCUUUAUUGUAUCAGAGUUAAAUCCCUCCUCAUUUCAGGAGCUCAGGGUCUUAAUUAAAUAAUGGCAUGUAAUUAAAACUAUCUUUCUUUUUAAUGUAAAUUUCUCUAUAACUACUCAUGAUAAAAGAUGAAAUAAAAAGUACCUUAAAAAGCAAAA